AGGAGUAGAGAGACAGAGAGUUCGAUAUAUAGCCAAUGAGCAAUAGCGAAACGAAAGCAAAAGCAAAAACAAAAGCAAUGUUCCGUUGUAACUAGGAACUAGGAUUAUAAAUAUUAAUAAUAUUAAACAAGCGAGACUGAGCCCGCGGCGGCAGCUUUAGUGGAUACCAUGCAGCGAUCCCAGGCAGCGGACCAGAAGUCGGCCAGGCUGCACCAGCCGCACAACCAUGCCCACAACCAUCACAUUCUCCACCAGCAGUCGGAUCUGGGUGAGCAUAAUAGCAACGAAACAACGACUGGCGCUCGCGUAGCUUCCAGCAGCAGUGCCACGCCCUUGGCUGGGGCCAACUCUGCGCCCACGCCGCCCAGGAGUCUGGCUAUCAACCAGAACCAUCGCUACGCCGCAUCGGAUACGUCGGGGGACCAGGAUCAGGAUCACGAUCACGACCAAGAACAGGAUGAGGAGCUGCUGGAUUCGCGCUACGAGUGUGCCAUUUGCAUUGACUGGCUAAACGAACCAGUGCUGACGUCGUGCGGCCACCGCUUUUGCCGCAGCUGCCUCACCGCCUGGCUGCAGAAGAACAACCAGUGCUGCCCGCUGGACAACAAGUGCCUGUCCGCCGAGCAUGAUAUCUUCCCGGAUAACUACACGCGCCGCGAGAUCGAACAGCUGAAGCACAAGUGCCCCAAUUCGCCGCUCGGCUGCUCCGUGGUGGCCUCGCCCAUCGAGCUGCACCGUCACUUGCCCAGCUGUCCGUACCGUCGACAGCUGGCCCAGGAUCCACCGGAGGAGAAGUGCCCCUUUGCCAAGAUCAAGUGCGACUUUGUCGGGCGGCCCGAGACGAAUCAGCUGGAGGAGCACCUAAAGGCGGACAUGCCACAUCACAUGCAACUGAUGCUGCAAGCCUUCCAGCAGACGGCCAUUGCCACCUGGCAGCCUCACAAGCCCAGCACCAGUGGCGGUGGUGCUCUGGAGAACGGCCAUGGGGGUCAGCUGCCGGCACCGCCGCAGCAAUACGCCAACGGUGGCAUGGGCGUUGACGAGCAGAUUGUGCAGACCAUGUACCAGCGCAUCGUGGUGCUGGAACAGCGGACUCGCGAGCAGGAGACACGCUUGGAGAACUUGCAAAAGCAGUUGCGUCUGGCCCGCCAGUCGUCGUCGUCGUCGACCUCGGUGGAUCCGCGCUACAGCAAUGGCACCAUUGUGUGGCGCAUCGAGCAGCUGGGCGCCCUGGUGGCCCGCCUACGUGCCAAUGCCAACAACCUGGAGUACUCGCGCGAGUGCUACACCUCGCCGCAUGGCUACAAGUUCUGUGCGCGCCUCAACAUCCAGCCGAGGAAGCCGCAUGUGCUCAGCCUGCAUGUGCACCUGAUGCAGUCGGAAAAUGAUUACCAUUUGGACUGGCCCUUCAAGGGGCGCAUCAAGCUGUGCAUGGUGCAUCCGGUGGACGCAUCACUGUCCCAGCACGACACCAUUAUGACCAAGCCAGAGAUCCUGGCCUUCCAUAAGCCGCGCGAGGCGAUCAGCACGCGCGGCUUUGGCUUUCUGGAGUAUGCCAACAUAUCGAACAUCAUCCAGCUGGGCUUCUGUGCCGACGAUCGGCUGCUCAUCAAGAUCGAGAUCAACAUUGUCUGAAGCGGAUAUUAGGUUUGGAGCGGGGCCUAGGAUCUUUCUGUAAUGUGUAGCAAAUUGAAUUGUAUAACAUUUGUGCCAGUUGCGAGAUCCUGUGACUCCAAUCCACUCUGCUAUGCCCUCCAGGGGCGUACAUUAUGCAAUAACUACCCAUAGCUGACAUAUACUAUAUAUUUUAUAUAGAACUAUAUAUGCUAUCAAUACUAUACCUAUAUGUCUGCUCAUAGUCAUAGCCUCUCACUUGAAGCAAUCUGGAUGCCAUCAACUAUCCACUAUAAUCCCAUACUAAUCGAUAUUAUCUGUGUAACUAUCAUAGAACUAGGCCUCUUCCUUAUCCUGUAUAUUAUGUUUGUUAGUCUGUUAAGGUCUGGGGAAUUUAGACCAAGCUAUGGGCGAGAUUCCCAUAUCAGUGUAUUUAAUCUUUAGUUAAGUUUUCAAAACAUUCCUUCCAUUUUGUCAAUUGAAUUGAUUUUCCUCUUUAAUUGUUAACCGAGUACGUCCAUAUUCUUCCCUAAGAUCAUCUCAGUUUGGUUGAUUUUGGAGUCUAAUCUAACCCUAAGCUGCUUUGAGGGUUUAUCAUCAGUCAUAAGUCUUAAAAGAAUCGGGGGAAGCCAACCCGUAUCCCUUGUGGGGCUUUAUGUAUGUAUGUAUUAUUUUAAACCCAAACCCCACACUUAAUAGUAGAAAGUAGCUUUAAGAAUCUCGGGAUCCAAUCAGGCUGGCGACAGCGAUGAAAGCCCAGACUCCGCUUAGGAAACCCCCAAAAUAAAGGACACUUUUGUACCAUCAAA